AUGAAUUCACUUCACUCAUCCUGUUGUAACACCUCUGCUGAACUUUUGAACAAAUCCUGGAAUCCAGAGUUUGCUUAUCAAACCCUCAGCAUGGUGGAUACAGCCAUCCUCCCUUCCAUGGUUGGGAUUAUCUGUUCAAUGGGGCUGGUUGGCAACAUCCUCAUUGUAUUCACUAUAAUAAGAAGCAGAAAAAAAACAAUUCCUGACAUUUAUAUCUGCAACCUGGCUGUGGCUGAUCUGGUCCACAUCAUGGGAAUGCCUUUUCUUAUUCACCAGUGGGCCCGGGGAGGAGAGUGGGUGUUUGGGGGGCCUCUCUGCACCAACAUCACAUCCCUGGAUACCUGCAACCAGUUUGCCUGUAGUGCCAUCAUGACUGUAAUGAGUGUGGACAGGUACUUGGCUCUUGUCCAACCGAGACUGACGAGUUGGAGAACAAGGUACAAGACAAGCCGCAUCAACCUGGGCCUUUGGGCAGCUUCCUUUAUUCUUGCGUUGCCUGACUGGGUCUACUCGAAGGUCAUCAGAUUUAAUGACGGCGUUGAGAGUUGUGCUUUUGAUUUAACAUCACCUGACGAUGUACUCUGGUAUACUCUGUAUUUGACGAUAACGGCUUUCUUUUUCCCUUUGCCCUUGAUUUUGGUGUGCUAUAUUUUAAUUUUAUGCUAUACCUGGGAGAUGUAUCAACAGAAUAAGGUUGCCAGAUGCUACAGUCCCAGUGUUCCAAGGCAGAGGGUGAUGAAGCUGACGAAGACGGUGCUGGUGCUGGUGGCGGUCUUUAUCCUGAGUGCUGCCCCCUAUCACGUGAUACAACUGGUGAACUUACAGACAGAGCAGCCCACGCUGGCUUUCUAUAUGGGUUAUUGCCUUUCCAUCUGUCUCAGCUAUGCCGGCAGCAACAUCAACCCUUUCCUCUACAUCCUGCUGAGUGGAAAUUUCCGGAAACGCCUGCCUCAAGGGCAAAGGAGAGUGACGAAGGAAAUCAACAAUAUGGAGAGCACCUUGAAAUAGAGCUUUAAGGAGAGUACAUGGAUCAUCAAAAGUCUAGACAAGCUUGCCUAUGUUAUUGAUGUUAUUAAAAAGGGCGGGCAAAAUGGUGUGCUGGUGUCCAUUCUUG